AUGCCUCGUGAAGUUUCCGACAUCAAGCAGUUCAUUGAGAUCUGCCGCCGCAAGGAUGCGUCCUCUGCCCGCAUCAAGCGCAACCGCUCCACCCAGCAGAUCAAGUUCAAGGUCCGCUGCUCUCGCUUCGUCUACACCCUCGUCCUGAAGGACUCCGACAAGGCCGACAAGCUCAAGCAGAGCCUCCCCCCUGGUGCGUUUGACCCCGUCAUCUGA